UAUGAGUAAAAGAAGAGUAUUAAUUGCUAUCGAUGGAAGCGAGGAUUCUAGAAGAGCUUUUAAUUUUUACCUUGAUCAAAUACAUAAUGAUGGUAAUACCGCAUUACUAAUUCAUAUAUCAGAAACACCCAAUUUGCCAGUGUUUACAUUUAAAACUGGUCUAAAACUACCUGUUGAAGAAUGGACAAAAAUACUAACAGAUAAAGUCAGAAAGGCUCAGUCAAUAGAGAAAGAUUAUGAAGCUAUUCUGGUCCAAAAGAAGAUAAAGUAUAAAAUUCUAAGCGGAGAGACAUUCGCAUCACCAGGAGAAGGAAUUGUUCGUCUUGCGGAGAAAGAAGAUGUCAGUUUGAUUGUUUUGGGUAGACGUGGAUUGGGAAAUUGGGCAAAAAAACUUGUGGGUUCAGUGUCUGAGUUUGUAAUGAGAAAUUCACCUUGCGAUACUCUUAUUAUACCUCGUUAAUUGUC